AUGGAUGGUCUGAUCAACGAGAAGAAAACCGCACAGUUUGUGCCACCAUUCUAUAAAAACGCUUCCAAACUCCUGCGAUUUGUGCAUUAUACGGUGUGUGCGUUGUUGCCGGUUCUGUUUCUCCUAGUAUUGACAGAUAAUGAGCAGCCGUUCUAUGGCACCAAGGACAGAGACGAACUCAGGAUGCUAGGAAUGUUUCUUUUUUCAUUGGUCAGUUGGAGAAUCAGCAACAAGUUUGGAGUCAAGAAUUCUGCCUUACUCGGUCUGUUCUUCUGGUCAGGACUCAUCUUAGUACGGUUUGCAUUAUGUAAGGCAGGAGUGACUUUCAUGGGCACUGCUCUCUCGCUAUUAACCGUUCUAUUCAAGCAAACAACUUUGAUCGCCUUGGGACGCCUUGCAUUGUGGAACGUUCCUCACCUCCACUUUUUGGUAUGGUUUUAUGGGCUCUCACUUCUGCCCCGAGUGAAAUUGGGCAACAAGUACCUUCUAGAUGCAUUUGGCCAGAACCUGCUACUUCCGUGCUUCUGCGGAGUCUUUUGGUUCGACCUCUUGUUCUGGCUCAAACCAGACUGGAUUCAGCCGGUGAACGAAGGCCAUUUCUGA